UUUGUUUAUAUUGUUGUUGUCGUAGAAAGAAAAUUUGCAAUUAAGUUGAAUUAAAAAAAAAUGUAAAACAAUUUUGUUUUGUGUUAGAUAGUGUGUAUUUUUAUAACUUAGUUAGAUCACUUGCAAGAGGACAUCUGCCUCCAUUAAAUUAAGUAUGAGGCGUAGAGAUGAAAAAUUUCCUGAUAAUGGCUUUGAAGCUUGGGGCGGUUAUAUGCAAGCAAAAAUUGCUAAAUUGGAACAGCAAUAUACCUCGCGAGCCGGUGAUGAAUCAAAGGAGUCUGAUAUCUUUAACGGUGUAAGUAUUUUUGUCAAUGGAUUCACCAUUCCUUCAGCUGACGAGUUAAAAGCACUUAUGGCUAAACACGGUGGUGUAUACCACACUUAUCAAAGAAAGGAGGAUUACAUAAUUGCAUCUAAUUUGCCUGAUACCAAGGUUAAGAAAAUGUCCCUGUCCAGAAUAGUUAAACCUGAGUGGAUAACACACAGCAUAGAUUCAAGCCGACUGCUAGACUAUAGAGACUAUUUGUUGUAUAAAAACUCCAAAACACAACCUCAGUUAAAUUUUGCUAAAAUCAAAGAUGAAAAGUGCAAAAGUGAAACCCAUACCCCAGAAACUUUUAAUGAGACUGAGAUAUCUGAAUAUAAACUUUUAAAAACUGAUAAACUGAGUAAUGAUAUGGACACAAAUAAAGAACUUAAAAUAUCUAAAAUACCUAUAGUAGAAAAUAAAGGAAUAUCACCAUUGAAGGAGCCUACAGUAAAUUUUUCUUCCAACAGUAUUUACCAAGAUGGUGAUUUAAAAAAUGUGAAAAAAGAAAAUGUUACAAAAACUGCAGCUGACCCUAAUUUUAUUUCUGAGUUUUACAACAACUCAAGACUGCAUCACAUAUCACAACUAGGGGCACUGUUCAAGCAACAUGUAAAUGAUUUGAGAGAACAUAGUAACUUAACAUUUCCUGCAAGAUCUGAACUGAAAGAAAAAAUAUCAACAUUUGGAGAAACAAGUAACUUAUCACCACUUAUAUUUGAAAAGGAAAAGACAAUAAUGCAUAUUGAUAUGGAUUGUUUCUUUGUAUCAGUAGGUUUGCGUAAUAGACCUGAACUUCGAGGAAAGCCGGUGGCAGUUACGCAUUCUAAAGGAGGUCAAGGAAGAGCUAAAAGACCAGGGGUAGACCGAAAUGCUGAAUUUAAUCUUUACCGACAAAAACAAGCCAAAAAAAUUGGAAAAGCCAUAGGAAAACCUGAAGAUGAAAUAGAAUUUGAGAGUAGGGUUGAUAACAUUGCUGAUGAAGAUGACAAAUUUGGUUCCAUGAGUGAAAUUGCUUCCUGUUCUUAUGAAGCUAGAGCAAAAGGUAUUAGCAAUGGAAUGUUUAUGGGUGCUGCUUUAAGAUUAUGUCCAGAUUUGCAAACAAUUCCUUAUGAUUUUGAUGGUUAUAAAGAAGUAGCAUUUAAUUUAUAUAACACUAUAGCUCAAUAUACCCUAGAUAUAGAGGCAGUGUCCUGUGAUGAAAUGUAUGUAGAUUGCUCAGAUAUUUUAAAAGAAUUAGGUGUGAGUGUUCAAGAUUUUGCUUCAGUUCUGAGAGCAGAAAUAAAGAGGAAAACUGGCUGUCCAUGUUCCACAGGCUUUGGAGGUAAUCGCCUCCAAGCUAGGUUAGCUACAAAGCGUGCUAAACCAGAUGGACAAUUCUUUCUGACUGCAGAACUCGUGGAAGACUUUAUAUUUGACAUUAAGCUCAAGGAUUUACCAGGUGUUGGAAGACAGACAAUGCAAAAAUUAGAAUCUUUAGGACAUGAAACCUGUGGAUCUCUCCAAAGCCUACCACUAGUUACUUUACAAAAGCAUUUAGGAAAUAAGACUGGUUCCCAAUUGUUCGACCAGUGUCGUGGGCGUGAUGGAAACCCCCUCAGUUUCAUCACUGUUAGGAAAUCUGUAUCAGCUGAAGUAAACUAUGGUAUCAGAUUUGAAAAUAAUGAUCAAUGUGUGGAAUUUUUAAAGCAACUGUCUGCUGAAGUUCACUCAAGAAUGCAGCAAUUUAAGGUUUUAGGCAAAUGCAUAACAUUAAAACUUAUGGUGAGGGCUGAGGAAGCUCCGGUUGAAACUGCAAAAUUUAUGGGCCAUGGCUUUUGUGAUGUUGUCAACAAAUCUACUACUUUGAGCAAUGCAACAAAUGAUGUCGAAAUUAUUACUAAAGAAGUUAUCUCCCUUUGUAAAAAACAGGGGAUUGAUCCAAAAGAAAUGAGAGGAAUAGGAAUCCAAGUAACAAAAUUAGAAACAAUGAAUUCUAACAAACAUUCAAAAGGGGCAAUAAGUAAAUUUUUGUCUAAUACUAAGGUUAAAACAGAGGUGAAAUCUGAACUUGAGAGUGAUCCUGUCCUGUCUUACAAUAAUCCUGUAAAUAACUUAAGACCUCAAACUCCAGUUAAAGUGGCCACAUCCCCAAAAGACAAAUCUCCAAUUUUAGGAUUAAUGAAGUCUCCAACUGGAAAAAGAAGAGGCAGACCACCUAAGUGUGCUAAACCAUUGCAGUCUAUUUCAAAGAAUCUUAUGAGUAGAUUUCUGCAUGGACAAAAUACAGCAAUAAAAGAUACUCCUUAUAAAAGCCCUAUGAUUAAAGAAGUUUCGGUCUCAAAAGAAGUGGUCAAACGAGAACAUAAGCAAGAAGGAUUAUUAGGCCUACCAUGGAAAAAAGUGCGAGAAUUACUCCGCGCAUGGCUUCAAAGUGGCCAGGCCCCAUUGCCGUGCGAUGUUGAGAUGAUUUCUGCAUACAUGACGGAAAUGGUGAUAAAUAAAAAUAUUGAUAAACUACAAAUUCUUCUAAAUUUUUUACGCCGGCGAACUAUUGAAAUGGGAUGUGAAAAUUGGAUAAAUGUUAAUAAGCAUGUGGUAGAAGAAGUACAAAAUGCAAUGAUAGCAGUCUAUGGAAAGAAAUUGUAUAUUGGGAAUUAGUGCAAGAUUAAAAGUUAUAAGACCAUUCAAAGUUUAUGUUUUCUUUACCCACAAUAGGAGGAUGAUCAUAAAUUAAAACAAUUACUAUCAUACAAUUCAUUUAUUUCUUUUGAUAUACUAUAUCAUCUAGGACUAAAAAAAACAUUCAUUACAUAGUUAAAUUUUGUGUCAAACAAUAUAAUUGCAUACAUUUCUUUCGUAACACUGCCGUACAUUCACAGGGUACAUUGCUAAUACUCAAUGGACAGUUUCCAUAACCUUAAAUUUGGCAGCGUCUUAGAUCACAGCGGACAUCACAUACCAACUUGCCUUAGGAAUAGUCAAAAAUACUUUCUGAUACCUAAUUAUCGUAUAAUGUUUAUUACUAUAACUUGAAGACACAUGGGUAUAUAA